UCCCGUUCGUGCUUGGCCUGUCCUUGGAGCGUUAGAGACCACUGGCCAGAGCUGGCUGGUUCCCUCUGCCAGCCUGGAGGAAGUUUGAGGGGCACAAGAGAACAUCAUGCAGGAUCCAAAUGAAGAUACAGAAUGGAAUGAAAUUUUAAGGAAUUUUGGCAUUCUUCCUCCAAAAGAAGAACCAAAAGAUGAAAUUGAAGAGAUGGUGUUGCGCUUACAGGAGGAAGCAAUGGUUAAGCCAUAUGAGAAGAUGACACUUGCACAGCUGAAAGAAGCAGAAGACGAAUUUGAUGAAGAAGACAUAAAAGCUAUAGAAAUAUAUAGAGAAAAGCGGUUACAGGAAUGGAAAGCACUCACGAAGAAACAAAAAUUUGGGGAAUUGAGAGAAAUUUCUGGAAAUCAGUAUGUAAAUGAAGUCACAAAUGCAGAAAAAGACUUGUGGGUUAUAAUUCAUCUAUACAGAUCAAGUGUCCCGAUGUGUUUGGUGGUUAACCAGCAUCUGAGUGUCCUAGCAAGAAAGUUUCCAGAAACCAAAUUUGUUAAAGCCAUCGUGAAUAGCUGCAUUGAACACUACCAUGACAACUGUUUACCAACAAUUUUUGCUUAUAAAAAUGGUCAGAUAGAAGGCAAAUUCAUUGGAGUUAUAGAAUGUGGAGGGAUAAAUCUCAAGCUAGAAGAACUUGAAUGGAAACUAUCAGAAGUUGGAGCAAUACAGACUGACUUGGAAGAAAACCCCAAAAAGGGCAUUGCAGAUAUGAUGGUGUCUUCCAUUAGGAACGUUUCCAUCUAUGACAGUGACAGCUCUGGCAGUGAUGCUGAGGCCAAGUAGAGCUGGUUAAUAAAGAGCUUUACAAUAGGGGAAUGCA